UUCCCGCAUCAGUGCAUAAUGAACGACAAAGACGACAGCGCCUGGGUCUUCGACUCCCUGAUCGGGUUUCUUCAGGGCCCGAUUUGGUCCGCGCCUCUGAUUACCUUCAUAGAGGAGAAGUCGCUCAUAUUCGAAGCGGACAUAGAGGAAAACGACGAGUACCAGAAAAUAUAUCAAGAGUACAAAAAUUUGGUGGAUUUAUUGCUCGGUUGUUUCAUGGAAGACAUGGGAAUCACUCCGGAGCAAUUCGAGUACGCUUGUACCGUGAACAAAUACACGAAAAUGCCUAUACAGUUCCAACAAAACCUGUUCGAGCAGAUAUGGGCUGCGAACGAGUACGAGAUAUUCAAGAGGAUGAUGAUACAGAAGAAUUUGGAACUGCAGUUGCAGGCUCUGAACAUGAUCGAGCAGAAGUAUGGUCUGACGCCAGCCUCCUUGAUGUACGAAACGGACGGAUUGCACGACGACACCUUGGUCAUGGAAGAAAUAAUUCAGAAACACGCUCUGGACGAUGAUCCAGAGGAAGAGCAGGAUAUAGAGGCAUCGGAGACGUCGCUAAUCAAGGAGCACGAGCGGUUGACGGCCAAAUACAAUAACGAGAGAGCCCUGUUGGAAGAAGCUCUGAAGGCAUCGCAGCAGGACAAGACGCCGGAAACGGAAUCCCUGUCGUCGCCAACUGAGGAAGAAGAUAAAGAACAUGAUGAAAUAGAGAGUACUUCGAAAGUAGAAAGAACGAUCCCGCUCGAACCGACAUCGUCGGACGAGUCGAAAUCGGAGGAACAAAAUGUGUCGGAGGAGGACAUAAAGAAGAGGCAGGCUUAUCUGAAGGCUAGACGAGACAAGUUGGUGGCCUUGAAGAAGGAGGCGAGAAGUCAACGGCUAGAGAUGAAUUCGACGCGACCGAGUUCGGCCAGGACGGUCGCCGAAGCGACCAUAAAGGGGGAACGAGAACUAAAAUUACCGAUACCUCUGGAACCGUCCAUACUUCAAGUACGCAAAGCACUCGCGGCUCGCCUCCAAGCCGAGGUUGUGCGUAAGCAAACGAACUAAUAAUAAUCCUCGGAAAUGUUGCGUACCGAUUUCACUAAACUUCGCGAUCAUGCGAGAGGUAAGCUCGCGAUGAUAACGUUUCGCCAUGAAAAUGGUGAGGAUAGAUUUUUAGAACUUGAACAGGGUGACGUGAAUAUUUCUUCUCGGCGAAUUAAAGUAUAAAGUAUAAAAAGCUCGCAAUGAAUGAAAUAAUAACGCUGUACGUCGUAAUGGGUAAAAUACCGAACCGAAUUAUAAGAUAGAGGUGCCUUAUAGACGCGUCUGAAACGAUG